AUGUAUACUAACUGCUUUGACGCCUACGUUGCUGAAGUACAAGAUCAAUUAAGGGAUCUUGAAAAAAGAGAAUGGUACAUACAAGGCCUUCGAAACCCAUAUCGAGAAAAAGUUGUUGGUUUGCGCCCAGAUACGUAUGAAGUCGCAAAAGAUUUAGCAAUUAAAAUGGAAAAAUAUGAUCGGGAUAGAGAGUAUAUUAGUAAAAAUCCAGUUCAAAUUAUUAAUAAGGAAAGCAAACCAGUCAGAAAUGAGGUUAAUGAACUCUCAACUGUCCAUAAGGUUUGUCGCGUUGAUGAUCAAAAUUUUCCAAAUUUGGAAAGACUGGAUCGAAUAGAAACAAGCAUUGUAGAAUUACUGAAGGGCAUACAAACCCUUAUGGAAAGAAAGUACGACUUACCUCAACACAGGACAUUAUCUCCAAAUACAGCACGAAACAGAGGAAACAUGAGUCAGAACAGAAGUCUGUCUCAUAGGUGCUAUACAUGCAAUCAAGAAGGGCAUUUGUCACGCGAUUGUCCUAAUCGGUCCAGGAACAAUCGAACUACUAAUCGGUCAAACCUAAACCAAAAUGAUCAGGCAAACAAUUCGAAUGUGAGAGGAGCUGAUGUAAGACUUUUUGAGGUUAUGGAAAAAAUAACGAAGGAGGAUGAAUAUCUUAUGAUACAUGUAAAUGAUGAUGAGACAUUAUUUGAUAUUAGAAAUCUUGGGAAAAGACAGCGUUCGAAUUUAAAUGAGGUUACACAUGCAUCCAAAAAGAGAAAAAGCGAAGAACCAACGGAGCCCAUUGACUUAAUCAACAAUAAGAUUCCCGCUAAGGGAUCAGUCAUGUACAUACUGAUGACUGAAUUGAGUCAAGAAGUUGACAUUCUUAAACUAAUAGCUGAAAAGGAGAUAACUAUUACGUUGGGUCAACUAUUCAAAUGGUCUCCUAAGGCUCGCAACAAGGUACUCAAGGCAUUGGCGAGAAAAAAGCGUGAGGAUGAAGUUCUUUUCAUGAAUGCAAAGAUCGGAAUUAUACGAGGAGUUUUUGAAAAAAAUGAGCUAAAAUUAGGAGAUGUGCCAAUGAGCACACCCAAAAUAAAUGGAGAAUUGGUCUCAGCACCUGUGAAUCCAGGGUCACGUUUAAAUCUAAUGCAUGAGAAAUAUGCGCGAAAGCGAGGAUUCACUUGGCAACCAGCUACGAAAGGAGGGCGUAUGGCAGAUGACCGUUUGAGUAAAUUUGUGGGAUGUGUCGCGAAUGUUGAAAUAGAUAUGAAAGGAAUUAUAGUACACCAGGAGUUUUAUAUUAUGGAAGCUGCAAGUUUUGAUGUGCUACUUGGCAUGCCUUGGUUAGCUGCGUCUAAAUGUAGUUUAAAGUGGAAGGAUAAUAAACUUUGGUGCAAUGUAGAAUCGGAAGAAAGAAAAGCGGUAUUCAUAGCUUCAGUAGUACUAAUUAGUUGGAUAAACGCAAGUGAUAGAGAUAGUGAAAGCGAUGAGGAAGAUGUCGAAGAUUUGCUAGAAGUACGAAGAGUGAAAAUAGAAACAUUGAAAGUAGAGAAGGCAAAACAACAGUUAGGGGACGUUGUAUGUAGAGGUUCAAAUAUUGAUAAAUUAAUAGUUAAAGAAGUUAAUAGUAUUGACAGUAAUUAUAUGAUUGAAUGUGAGUAUGAAGGGAGAAUGAUAUGUUGGUUAAAAGAAGAUGAAAAUGAAGAUGGAACAAUCAAGGGGAUGGAACCGGAGUUGAUAAUGCGGCUUACAAAGGAAAAUUGUAGCAUGGUAAACAUCGGCAAUUCCUUGUCUGAAAUUGAAAAGCAGCAAUUGCGGGAACGGUUGAUCAAGGAAGUACCGGAUGUAUUUGCAUUUAAUUUAUCUGAGAUUGGAAAAACGGACCUAGUUCAAUAUGAAGUUCGUACGGGUGGAAGGAUAAUACCUCCAACACGAAUGCGUCCCAUACGAGUUAAUAACCCAGAACAUGCCAAAUUGUUCGAAGAACAUUUGAGAGAGAUAUUGAAACACGGGUUAUUAGAAAAAGGAAUGGGACAAUACGCUUAUCACUGUUUCCCAGUGAGGAAAAAGGAGGGUGGUACAGAUAGUUUCCGAGUGGUUGGAGAUAUGAAGCCUCUUAAUAAAUACAUUGUUAAAGAUAGUUAUUCAUUAUCAUUAAUAAGAGACAUCUUGGAGAAUGCGGCAGGACAUGAUUGGUAUUCAUGUCAGAUUCGUAUUCGAGAAGAAGACCGAGACAAAGUUGCUGUCUCAACCUCGCUAGGCACACUUCGAUAUGCUGUAAUGUGUAUGGGCCUUAAGAACGCUAGUGAGACUUUUCAACGAUUGAUGGAUACGUUGUUGGAAGGGGAAGAAUGGAAAAAGGUUGCCAGGGCCUAUCAAGACGAUAUUGGGUUGUGGACAAGUGGGCCGAAAGAAUUCUAUAUUGAAAUGUUUAUUAAAUUAGCUAAGAAAUUCAGAGAUGCCGAACUGACCUUUGCUGCAAAGAAAUGUUUUCUUUUAUGCAAGGAGUUGCGCAUGUACGGCUUUAUAGUUAGUAAAGAGGGAAUUAAGGCAGAUCCGACAAGGGCCAAAAGAAUAAGAGAAUGGAAGAAACCGACAAAUCUUAAACAAGUCCAAUCAUUUAUGGGAGUAAUGAAUUAUUAUCGGCGAUUCAUAAAAGGGUUUAGUAGAAUCGCAAAGCCUUUAACUGAUUUAACAAGAACGGAGGUUGGGUUCCAUUGGAAUAAGGCACAAAUUAAAGCUUUUUGUACCUUAAAAGCUUCUUUAUUAAACGAAGCCGUAUUAAAAGGACCAAACUGGCAAGAAGCACAUGAUGGAAAUUGUCCUUAUCAACUCUUCACUGACACGUGCAAUGUUGCACUCGGAGUAGUGUUGGAACAAAAGGACGCGAGGCAAAAGCUGAGACCAGUGUCUUUUGAGUCACGAAAAUUAAAUAAACAUGAAGUUAACUACAGUGUGACAGAGAAAGAAUGUCUGGGAAUAGUUUUUGGCUGUAAUGUGAAUGAGCGCUAUGUAGCUGGUACUACAUUUGAUGUAUGGGUAGACCACCAGGCCUUGAGCUGGUUAUUUAAUAAAGCCAUGUUAAAAGGGCGUCUAAUGAGGUGGGUUUUAGCAUUACAAUCUUUCGACUUUCGUGUACAGUAUAAACCAGGUAGGGAACAUGGAAAUGCGAAUGGAAUGUCCAGAUUACCUGGCCCUCCCGAAGAUAGGACGAAUAGUGAUGAAGAAUUUGUAGAUUCAAUGAUAAUGUAUGUUAGCCCAGAAAGUGUUAAAUCAACAGAUUUGGAGGUGGUCCAUAAUUAUUUGAAGACCUUUUCCUGGCCUUCUGACGCAAAUAAUAUAGAUUUGAAGCGACUUCAAAGAAAGGUGCGGAAAUAUUGUUUAAUUGGUAACAAAUUAUAUGAAAGAGCAGCAAAAGGGAGGCCACAACGAAGAGUAAUCUUCAGUGAUGAGGAAAAAAUACAAAUUCUUAAGGCAAAUCAUGAAGGAUUAGCGAAAGAAGGCGAACACCGAGGAAUAAAUUCGGUUACUCGAAAAAUCCUGAUGAAUUAUGUAUGGGCAACGGGGGUAGUGUAUAAAGAUGCCAAGGAGUAUAUCUCAUCUUGUGAAAUAUGCCAGAAGUGUACUCCGAAAAUGCCACCUGAACCUAUAUAUGUAACGGCGACAAGUUGGAUUUUCAAUAAGAUAUACGUCGACUGUAUAGGGCCAUUACCGCGAACAACUGCUAGAUAUGAACAUAUUGUCAUUGCUGUAGAGGACUUGACAGGGUUCGUGGAAGGCCGAGCACUGAAGAGGAAAACUUUACAAAACAUUGCCCAAUUUUUGUGGGAAGAAAUAAUACUGCGUCAUGGAUGUUUCGCAGAACUGGUCUCUGACAGAGGAACAGAAUUCAAAAACAAAAUAAUAAGUGAGCUCACCUUACGACUUCAAACCAAUCAUAGCUUCUCUGGCAGUUACCACCCUGAAGUGAAUGGAAAGGCGGAAAGGGCGGUUCAAAAGUUGACUAGGAUUUUAAGGAAGGUUUGUUCUGAGAAACAGAAUAAAUGGCAUGAAUACUUGCGUGAGGCACUUUGGGCCAUGAACAUUACUGUCAAUGAUUUGAGGUAUUCGCCUUUCUGGUUAGUUUAUAGUCGUGAUGCUGUGACACCCAUAGAAUUAACAUUGGAAAGUUAUCAGGUUAUAAUAGCAAAGGAUAGGUGGACGACUGAUGAGUUACUCGAGUUCCGGGUGAAACAAAUGAAAAAUUUAAAUAAAGAAUCUAUUGGUGUAGGAGAUUUUGUACUCGUAUAUGACUCCACUCUUGAUAAUUCACCUAGAAAAUUUGAUUACCGAUGGAAUGGGCCCUAUAUAGUAAGGAAGGUGAGUAGUCAUAAUCAGCUAUAUCUGAUGGAAGUAGACAGAAGUGAGUUGCGGGAGCCUUUUACUAGAAAUAGAGUUAAGAAACUAAAGAGAAGAUCAAAAUUUGCAGAUGUCGAACCGAUCGUAAAUAAGGUUGCCUUCGGGGACAAAGGCCAGGGAGGGUCUAGCUCCUGUCACGGGCAGAAUCAGUUCUCCGAAGAAAUUUGGAUCCCGAAAUAUGUAGUAAGAGGUGUGACAAUAGAGGGAGGAU